AUGGACCAUAGGCACCCCGGCCCCAGCCAAGGACCUUGCGGCCCCGCGGAACCCAGGGAUCCAGCCUCCAAUGGGCACAGUUCCUCCCUCAGCUCCCCAAGGGCCAGUGCCUGGCCCUCUGAGGGUAGUGCUGGGGACUCUGAAGUGUCCAGGGAUAUGUCAGAGGCUUUCACUGUUGCCCAGGUCCAGAUCCGAAAGCAGAAUGCUAUCACAGAGAGAGAAAGAAGGAAACGGAUUUCUGUAAGCUGUGAACGGCUCCGGAUCCUUCUGCCCAAGUUUGAAGGUCGUCGAGAGGACAUGGCCUCCAUCCUGGAGAUGGCUGUACAAUACCUAAAGCUUGUUAGAACUCUUGUGCCCACAGAAGAACAGAAUACUAUUCUCGCUCCCUCAGAGGAGGUAUGUCAGAAGUGGCAGAAGAAUGUGUUGAUUCCAAAUACCAGAAAGCAGAUUUCAGAGAUGAGAGCCUUUGAUCCAGCUAGACAAAGGGAAUCCCUAGGCUGCUGUACCACUCCUGUGGGAAAUAGCAAAUCAGCCCUGAUGUUGGGUGAGUCUGUGGAUAAUGUAUUAGGAGAUACAUGUUCCAUCUUUGAAAAAGGGCUUUCAGAUCCAGCCCUGCUGCCUCCGGACCUGAGUUUCUCUGAUGCUCCUGUGCACUCUGGUGGGAUGACCUCUUCUCUACCUUGGUCUUCCCUCUUGCCACCAGCCUUCCCUUUAGAGACCUCAGCAGUGCGGAGAUGGCCAAGUUUGGCAGGGCUCUGCCCUGGGGAAGUCACAUCUCAAACACAGCUACUGAAGAAUGCACCUGAGCCCUCUGAUGUCCUGAUGACACCCACUCUGGACACCAGGUCAAUGUCAGAAUCUGAAGUUGAAGAUGAGAUGCCUUUCCUGUUGGGUGCCCACACUGACCAGUGGCUUGGAGAACAAGGGCCACAGGAUGGCAAAGGUGGUGAAACCGAAACCUAUUCCAUAACAACCCCACUCAUGAUGGAUGCCAAGACGAGUUCCCAAGAUGGAUUCCUCACCAAAUCAGACCUUGAGUUCCUGCCUGGACCAGAGUCCUGCCUCCCAGAACCUCAAAAGACCCUCCUGGACCAUUUGGAAUUUGAUUCACCAUCUGUGGCCCUAACUCCUCAGGAUGAAGUGGAUAGCAUAUUUCCUUAUCUCUUUCCCUAUGAAUUAUGA